AAUUAACACUGUUAACACAAGAUUUUCUUUUAUAAAGCAAUUUUUUUUUAUUUAAAAAUUUUUUAAAAAAAAUUAAUACGAAAAAAAAAUAACGUACAAAUCACUCUAUUCGCUCUAAUUAUAUUGAUCAAAGUUAACUUUCAUUAAAACGACAAUUAUGAAUGUUCCAUAUAGUCUUCAACCUAAUACUCUUAACAUUACUAAUACUGUACAAGACAUCCCAGCCGUUCUUAUUAGUAAUAGACCUAAUGAAUUGCAAAUGUAUCCUAUUACCAUGCCUCCUACUACAUCUAAUGAAAAUCCAUUGUUUCUUAAUAAUAAUAACAUCCAAGCAAUACCACCAAGUCAUUCUUUACAACCCACUCAAGACUAUCUGGCAUCUUAUCCAUGUUCAUUAACCCAUCAUCAAGAAACUACUUUUGUGAGCGAAUAUUCGUUCUUUUAUAAACCGUAUAACGACUUUCAAAUGUAUCAUAUUGUUUGUGAAGAAAUACCGUUAUCUUAUGAAUUUGUCGCUCGGUUAAUAAAUAAUCCAGACCUCAUUCGUAGUAACAAGAUUUGUAGAUUUUAUCACGAACAACCCGAGAUAAAAAAAAUUUAUCAAGUAACAUGUAAAAUGGUUCCACAUGCAUUUAUCUUUCAGUUCCUGAAUAAAAUUAUUUACAAUAUUCAAUCCACUAAUGGCGAAUAUCAGCAGCAACAAGAAUUUUCUGUUAUUCUUCAGGAAAACCUGAAGUUUCAUUUAAAAAGAGAUUUAAUUCAUUAUUUGAUGCCAAAAAGCUUUCACGAAGAAAGUUAUUAUUUACAUAAGAGAUUUGUUCAAGAUUAUUGCAAAUAUGAAAGUAUAAUGGAUUCUAAAACGGGAGCAUUUAAUACGUUUCAACAUCAAUGUUUUACUUCUCAAGGAAAUUUACAUCGCUUACAAAACGAUAAUAACGAUAGUGUUAAUUAUGAUCAACAUUAUUAUAAAAAUCAAACCUAAUAAUA